AAACACGAGAUGUCGCCACUUAUUCGGUUUAAAAUUCUAAUUAAAAGUCGCCAUCUGGCGGAGAUGAGAUUUAAACGAAUGAAACAAAAUUAUAGACUUGAUUUCAUUAAUUUCACUGAUUUAAUUCAAUGAUCAGUUGACAAUUAUGUUAUCUGGUGGACACCAAUCAAAUCAAUUUGGAUUAACCAAUACUCAUUCAACUUCAAUUAGUCCAUCAUCUACAUCAAAUCUUCCUUUUCCAAAUUCUAAUCACCAUCAAAAUAAUCAGUUCUCUUCAUCUUCUUCAACCACUAUUUCUACUUCAACAACAACAACAACAUCAACAUCUCACCCUAUCUUCUCCUCCUCUUCUUUUUCUUCCUUUUCUCCAUCAACAUCAUCAUCAUCUUCUUCAAUUAUUAACCCAUUACUCUCAACAAUUGGUUUGAAUAUAAACAACAAUAACAACAGUAAUCAUAUACAACCAACAACAUCCCAACACUCAUUAAUAUCUACUGCCUCUUCCACAUCAAUAUUAACAUCAUCAUCAUCAUCCUCAGCAUCUUCUUCAUCAUCAUCUUCAAUAACUACAACCAGUAUAAGUAAUAUUAAUAGUGGAUCAGUUGCUAGUGGAUCAAAUUUUUCAAUUGUUCCAACAACAAGCGUUAAUUUAACAUCAAUCAACACGGCAAUCAACAUAGGUAACAACAGUUCAACUUCCCUGUCAACCGGAGGAAACGUUGGUUCGACUGAGACAAGUUUAAAGACAACCAAUUACUCUGUCCAUGGAAUGCCUGGUAUAACCUCACUACUGAAUAAAAUUCAGGGAGCCUUUUCGGAGGCUAUUUCACCAUCACCCAAAUUGGUUAUAGACAAAAGAACCGUUGAGAAAACAUGGAAAUUAAUGAACAAGGUUGUAAAAUUGUGUAAUAAUCCGAAAAUUAUUCUCAAAAAUUCACCUCCAUUUAUAUUGGACAUACUUCCAGACACUUACCAACAUCUUAGGUUAAUUUAUAAUAAAUAUGAGGAUCGGAUGAACUAUCUUAAUGAGAAUGAAUAUUUUCGUGUAUACAUUGAUAAUCUUAAUAAGAAGUGCAAAGAAACCAUUCGUCUUUUCAAAGAAGGAAAGGAAAAAAUGUACGACGAAACUGGACCUUGUCGUCGAAAUUUAACUAAACAAAGUUUAGUAUUUAGUCACAUGUUAUCUGAAUUAAAGACAAUCUUUCCCGAUGGAGUUUUCGCCGGGUCAACUUAUCGAAUAACCAAAUCAGAUGCUGCUGAAUUUUGGAAAAAUCAUUUCGGUGAUAGGACAAUUGUCCCAUGGAGGAUUUUCCGUCAAACUUUACACCAAGAGCAUCCGAUUGGUUCAGGAUUAGAGGCUAUGGCUCUUAAAUCAACCAUCGAUUUAACUUGCAAUGACUACAUAUCUAAUUUUGAAUUUGAUGUGUUCACCAGAUUAUUUCAACCUUGGUCGACUCUUCUUCGCAAUUGGCAAAUCUUAGCUGUCACCCAUCCUGGAUAUGUUGCUUUUUUAACCUACGAUGAAGUCAAGGCCCGACUUCAAAAAUACAUCAACAAACCCGGGAGUUACGUUUUUCGGCUCAGUUGUACUCGAUUGGGACAAUGGGCCAUUGGAUAUGUAACACCGGAGGGAAACAUAUUACAAACCAUUCCUCAGAAUAAGUCACUUUGUCAAGCAUUACUAGACGGCUAUCGAGAAGGAUUUUACCUUUAUCCUGAUGGUAGGAACGUUAAUCCUGAUUUAAGUUGGGCCGUUCAAGCCACUCCGGAAGAUCACAUCCGAGUUACUCAGGAACAAUAUGAACUCUAUUGUGAAAUGGGAUCAACUUUUCAAUUGUGUAAAAUUUGCGCUGAAAAUAACAAGGACAUUCGGAUAGAACCUUGUGGCCAUUUAUUGUGUACACCUUGUCUAACAUCCUGGCAGGAUUCUGAGGGACAAGGAUGUCCAUUCUGUCGAGCUGAAAUUAAAGGAACUGAGCUUAUUGUGGUUGAUCCAUUUGAUCCUAAUCCUCGAUCAGCCUCCAAGGAAUCCGCCCGUGAUCAAAAUCUAGUUGAUAUUGAAGAAGAUGAAAACUUUGAGGAUCCGAAUGCUUGGAUUUCAUCAUUACAAACACUUUCUGAGCCUUGUAACCGAUUAAAUGAAAAAACCAAUAAAGCCGAUCGAUCGCCAAUCAAUUCGCCAUCAGAAUCGCCAAAGACUCACCGUCGUAAACCAGCUGAUAUGAGUCCUCUUUUAAUCGCUUGUAGCCUAACGAAUCAAUUGUCAACACCAACCGGUGAUUCCCCAUUGAUAACAGCAACUUCAUCUUCCACCUCUUCAUCUUCAUCCCAAGGAGCACAAUUAACAACAAUGGCUUCUGGCUCAUCAUCGAUUCCACCACCAAUCCCACCUCGACGUAUCUCACCAACAAAUACUCCUAGUCAAUCACCAACAUCAUCGCCUUUACAUCAUCAUCAUAAUCAUCUCAAUCUAACAUCAAAUUCAACCCAAAAAUCCUCAUCAUCAACAACAAUCAACUCUUCAUUACUACUUUUAUCUCAAUCAUCACCUUUAAUUUCAAGUAACUUAUCCGGUUCCGGUAAACAACAGGUUAACAAUAUUGGCUCAUCGUCAUCAUCAUUAACUGGAAAUCUAAUUGAUUCCAAUUUAAUACUUUUAUCAAAUGGAAGCGGAAAUAACAUUUCCUCAUCAAUUUCUUCCUCUUCUUCAUGUACCUCAACUUCAACCACCACCUCAGCCUCAACCUCCGCCUCCACUUUAACUGGCAAUUUAAUUUCACUCAGAACAGAAUCAACUUUACCCAAUCCACUUUCCCGAAAUAACAGUAAAUCAAAUAAACUCCAUCAUCAAGGAGAAGGUCAAUAUCGAUCCCCUGGUAGACCAACAACCUGUUUACCUUCAUCAUCAUCUUCCUUAUCAUCCUCAUCUUCAUCCGUAUCAUCCGCAUCUUCCCUGCCCUCAACUGCAUCACCUUCAACUCUUGGUUUGACCGGAGGAUCAAUAUUGGGUCCACUUAUAAGUCCAAUUACUGGAUCAAUGUCAACAACAAUUUCGUCAACUAACAACAAUUUAACGAGAUUUAAUUUAUCAUCUACUGGACAACAAUCAUCAUCUUUAUCAUCAUCAAAACUUUUACUUAAUCUCGAUGAAUCAACUUCUAGCAAUCAAUCAACUACUUCAAUUAGUCCAGUUGGUCCUUUAAUUGAUCGGGUUAAAUCACCUAAACCAACAACAUCUUCAUCAUCGUCAGCAAUUAAUUUACAACAAUCACUAAUCAAUUCAAAUUCUGCCAAUUCUAAAAAUCUAUUCAACAAUUUACACGAUGAUCAUCAUCACCCUCACCUUCAUAGAUUAACAUCUAAUCAUUCAAUUCAAUUACAACAACAAUUACAACAGCAACACAAUAAUCCAACACAAUCAACAUCAGAAAUCAAUUUAUUUGAUUUAACUCCAUUGAUCUCUAAAUCAUUAGCAAAUCAGUCAUCAUCUUCAUCAUUAUCAUCAUCCUCAUCUUCAGUACCAACAACAUCAGUUAAAUGUGAUGAUCUUCCAGUUAAUUUAACCACAACCGAUGAACCAAAUUAUGCUAACACUGGUUUUAGAGGAACAAACGAAAGGACCUCCAAAGAUUUACUUCGAGUUCAAUCAUUAACAUCGACAUCAUCUUCGAGUGUGACUAAUUUACACUCGAUUACACCUUCAUCUUCAUCCUCAUCACUUACGAAUGCAACAACAUCAUUAACACAUUCAGUUAAAAAGUCCAAAUCAACUUCUGCCAAAUACCCACUUGGAAUUAGUUUAUCAGAAAACAAGGAGAACGAAGCUCGAGCGAGUUAUGAGAAUCUACAAAUGGACUAUAUCGCAAUACUGACCAGCGAAGGUUAUUCGAACCAAUCGGUCAUUCGAGCGCUUGGAAUCGCGAAAAAUAAUCUCGAAAUGGCGAGGGAAAUACUUCACGAAUUUGCUUCCAAACGCAAAUAAUUAAACCAAACAAUUAACUAGAACUCAAGAAAAAACAAACUUUUCAACACCAAAGAAAUUCAAUCAAACAGCCAACAUACAAUUUAAUUUAUUUACUCAUUAGAGAUAAUUAAUUAUCUCACAAUUUGCAAAUUUACACGAUUUACACUCAUAUAAAUUACAGAACAAUUAACUCUCUCUCUCUCUCUCACAAACUUUCUCAAUCGACGACACAAUUUCAUUUCAAUUCUAUUAUUGUGAUUAAUUGAUUUUCUUUCUGAAAGAAAAUCUCCCAUUCGAUAUCAUUAAUUGAAUCAAAAUUUUUCUUGCAAUUAAAAUUCAUUUUAAUUAUUUA